GCGUUCAGAGACCAGCAAUGAGAGUGAGCAAGGGCCUGGAAAAAUGCUCACAUGACGAGCGAGUGACAGGCUUGGAAUUGUGUCCGUUCGAUAGAAAACAGCUGGGGGGACCCAUAAGAACAGCCAUAUUGGGCUAAAGCUAUAUAAAAUAAUGACCGAGUGAGAGGAUAAAUGGGGAAUGGCUGUUUUCCCGGUCUUCUAAAACAAGACCAAGGGGACAGUCAAGUGUAAUUAGCUUGUGGAACGCCUUGCCACAGGAAGUUGUUGAAGCCAAGAAACUAACACACUUCCGAAAGGACCUGGACAUGUAUAUGGCUAGUAAGACUAUCCAGUGUUAAAGUGGUUAAUGCUAAGAAAAAUUUUGAUACAGGAUUAAGCCUAAUUCUUCAAAGCAUAAGCUGAUCUCUUACUAAGGAAGGUGCAGCUGAAACCUAAUGGUGAGGGGGAGGGAGGGGGUCAGAAGUCCCCAAAGCCUGACAGCAGCAUUCUUAGACCUUCCUCUGCAGCAUCUGGUGCUGCCAUUGUCGGAGACAGGUGCUGGGCUAGACAGCCUUGUGUCUGAGCCCGGCUGCCCCAUGCCCUGUGUCCUAGCCUGUCUCGGUGAUUGGCUGAUGGGGCAGGAGAGGCAGGGUGUGAUGCUGCCGCUAGGCUACACCAGGUCAGUCGCUGGCCCUCAGUGGCAGAGGUAACGCUGGGCAUGUUCUCAAGCUGCCCCACAUCAGUGCUGGUGUUUUCUCCCCACCCCAGCGUUGGGCAGCGGCAGCUGCUGUGCCUGGCCCGAGCCCUGCUCCGCAAAUCCAAGAUCCUCAUACUGGAUGAGGCAACAGCAGCUGUGGAUCUGGAAACAGAUCAUUUAAUCCAGACAACAAUCCGGAGUGAAUUUGCCAACUGCACUGUCCUCACCAUCGCCCACCGCCUGCACACCAUCAUGGACAGCAACAGGGUGAUGGUGCUGCAGGCGGGGCGCAUCGUGGAGUAUGACAGCCCUGAGCGGCUGCUCCAGCAGCAAGGCCUUUUCUCGACCAUGGCUAAGAACGCCGGUAUCGUGAGUGCUCAAGCCACGGUGCUGUAGGAGAGCUGGAGCUGACAGGGUGAGCCCCCUGCCCAACACUGGCGCACCCACAUCCAGAGUCAGAACCUAGGGCAGGGCCCACUGCAAACUGGAACGGACAAACAGCGUAUUGCCAGAACCUGUUUCUGUUGCCUCAGUGCGCCUGGCAGCUCCGAGCAGCAGGACCUGCCCAGGACUUCACUCCUCUUCACCUGGGACUAAAGGAGAGAGUGAAGCCGCUGGGCUCUGAGUCCCUUGAAGAGCGGGCUUCGGGGCUGGGCUAGACAAGGCUAGGACUUACUUCGCAGGCAGCAGCUCUGGGCCUGCUGCUGCCAUACCCUGGUUCAGAUCCAAACCCCGCUAUGUGGGGGUAGCUUCAGUGCAGAUGUGCCCAGGCCAGACCCCAUGUGCGCAUGGGCAGCAGCUCUAACAGACACCUGGGGUGGCUUUGACCUGACAUGCAGUCUGGGAGUUGCUCGGCUGAACGUGGGGGUAUUUUUACAAUCACUUCACUUAUUGGUCCUUAUUUUCAAGGCACUCAAUGGCAUAGGCCCAGGAUAGCUGAAAGAUUAACUAAAGCUCCAGCCUGAAGAGCGUGUUUGACAGUACUGCGCCUCUAGCAGAGUGGAGCUCUCUACUGCAAGGCAAAGCUGGGCAGGAGACAGCUGCCUCAGGGGCCAGUCCAGGGCUCGAACCAUCUGGCCCAUCGCAGAGCUCCUCCCCUUCUGCUCCAAGUAGCCAGGUGCACUGCUCCAAGCAGCCUUCCCCAGCAGAAAGUGUGCGUCAGGACAGUGUAAAAAGACGUAUGCCCUGGGGAGAGGCUGAGAGCACGAGUGAACCCCACAACACGUUAGACCCAUUGCUUUAAUGCAAAAAGCAACAGAGGGUCCUGUGGCACCUUUAAGACUAACAGAAGUAUUGGGAGCAUAAGCUUUCGUGGGUAAGACCCUCACUUCUUCGGAUGCAAGCAAUGGAAAUUUCCAGAGGCAGGUAU